GAGCCACUGUGCCCAGCUGGAACUCACAGGCUCUUUGGAUGGCCUCUGAAUGUCAUGCAACUGUUUUAUUUUUCAUUAAAAAAAAUUUUUUUUUUGACACAAAGUCUCACUGUGUUGCACAAGCUGGAGUGCAGUGGCACAAUCAUAGCUCACUGCAGCCUCUAACUCCUGGGCUCAAGCGAUCCUUCUGCCUCAGUCUCCCAAGUAGUUGGAACACAGGUGCAAGCCACCACACCUGGCUACUUUGGAUUGGUUUGGGUUAGAGAUGGGAUCUUGCUAUGUUGCCCACACUGGUCUUGAACUCCUGGCCUCAAGCAAUCUUCCUCCUUUGGCCACCCAAAGUGCUGGGAUUACAAACAUGAGCCACUGUGCACAGCUGAGAUUUUUCAACUUAGUCUUUUUGUACAUUUUUGUACAUUUGAUAUUUUAUUCAAAGAUACAUGAAUGGUAGGGAAAUUUCUGAGUUAAGAGCAAUACAUAUGAUAUGAAACUUGAUAUAUGGACUAGAGUUUCUUAGCUGAACUGGAGGGGCUGGCUUUAGGUGAUCCAUGGACUCCCUGAAACUGGGAACACCGUUGGAAAUACAUGUGAGCUCAUGGACAGUUUCCUAUGAUUUGCAGUCCUCAAAAUGUCUCUUGGACUUGAAGAUGCCUUAGGGCAGAGGACGUGUGUACCCCAGUAUAGAAUCUCGGACAGUGUAUGUCAGUAAACAUUCAGCAGAAAAGCUUUGCCAAAUUGAGUGCUUUGAGGUAACUUUUUCAUCAAGUCAAUGUACCUCGGAUCUCUUGUACAUCCUAAUCUCACUCUUGUAAGGUUUCAUCAUUUCUGCGUACCCUACUUUUCUUUGCCACCCUGCUCCCUCUCCCACCAGACUGGACUCUGAAAUGGGCAUGUACAAAGGAGACCCUAACACACUUUAAACUUUGAGUGGAGAGGACGCAGCCUCUGCUGGGACAGGGAAGAGAGGGAUGCAGAGACCCUGAAGAUGCUUUUGGACAAUGGUCUGAGGUUGGGACAGUGGCAGGAGACACCGUUCACCCCGGAUCUCUAGGACAGGAGACCAGCCUGUCAGUUACACGUGUUUUUCUUCAAACUAGUUGCCAGGUUGGCACGACCAAUGACAUCAGAGAUUCCAAGCUCCCUGAUUGGAAGGACGGGAUUCCAUGGUUACUCAGGAGCUCAGGUGGAUAACAGCAACUUCUCAGAGCUGUUCUCCACUCCUGACUUCUCCCCAGACUUGAGAGAACGCACUCUUCUGGGUCCUAUAGAGUCUGGAAGAAGGCUUUGGACAGAACAGGGACUAGGUUCUGUGGGAGGGAACAGAGUGUGGCAGAGAUCAUGGCCAGCCCUCAACCACAUCCCCAGGAUGAGUACCAGAGCCCCCAGCCUAGCACCUCGGGAUACUCCCUCCCAGAGAUUUUGGAUGAUGAAGUGCCAGAACCAUCAGUCCCUUGGGUAGAUAUCAGCCCCCCACGUAGGUCCCUUUGUUGGAAAAGGAAGAGGGAGUGGUCAGACGAAUCUGAGGAGGAGCCGGAGGAGGAGCCAGAGAAGUCGCACGACCCUGAGCCUGAGGAGACCUGGGUGGUGGAGUCUCUCCACGGCCUCAAAAUGAAGCUGAAGCGGCGGCGAGUGUCACCCGUGCUCCCUGAACACCACGAGGCCUUCAACAGGCUGCUCGAGGAUCCUGUUGUUAAAAAAUUCCUGGCCUGGGACAAAGAUCUGAGGUUAUCGGACAAGUACCUCCUGGCAAUGGUCAUAGCGUAUUUUAGCCGCGCCGGCCUCUUCUCCUGGCAAUACCGACGCAUUCAUUUCUUCCUGGCUCUCUACCUGGCCAAUGACAUGGAGGAGGAUAACCAGGCCCCCAAACAAGACAUGUUCUACUUCCUGUACGGGAAGAACCACUCCCAGCGACCCUUGUUCCACAAGCUUCGACUCCAGUUCAUUUGUUCCAUGCGCUGGAGAACUUGGGUUUCCCGGGAGGAGUUGGAGGAGAUCCAGGCUUAUGACCCAGAGCACUGGGUGUGGACUCGAGAUCGCACCCUCCUUCCUAGUGCUCCAGGGACCGUGGAGGCCUGAGGUCAUCGGCCUGAGGGAAGAGCACCAGGCCCAGCCAGGGGAGAUGUGGAUUUUCAGCAGCAAGUUUACUCCAAUGCUAGUGGCAGACACCAUUAAGGACGAGAGCAGCCAUUUGUGCAGAUCAACUAGAAGAACCUGGACUGUUCUAGAAGGAGAUGAAUAGAGUGAUCACGCUGUCCUCCUAGGAGCGGGGGUGGGUGGGGGUACUUCUAAGCCUCUGUGGAGGACAGUGAGAAACCAGGGGUGUUUCUGGUUCCACCUUUUCCUGCAGCUCCGCCUCCCUUUUUAUAUUGCUGAAUUCCAGCCUCCCUGGGGUGGAACCUGGAGGUUCUGUUUCCUAUGGACUUGGUUGCCACAGUCCAGGAGCAUUUGAAGGCACAGUACAGGUGCUCAGAUUGGCACGGAAUUAUUUGUAAAAUAUGAGUGCCAUAGGAUUGUAACAGAUAGCUUAACAAGUACUAUGCAUUUUAUUGGUUUGUUUGGAAAAUGUUGGCCAUUGAAUUAUUAAUAUGCUUAUUUCAAAUAGUUUGGAAAUUGUUGUACUUUUGAAAACAUGCCAUCCCUGUAGAGUUUUUUGAUGAGAGUUAUAGCUGUUAUAUAUUACAUAAAUAUAAUAUUCAUUUUUAAGAAAGAGUUUUUAUCCUAAAUCUAUUGUCUUUAAAUUGUUUUAUCUAUUAUUAUAUGUGCUUCUGAAGCGAGCGCUCUUUUUAUCCAAGAUACUUACAUGGUAAUCUAUUAUAUUUAUAGCUGUGUGGUAGUUCCCUUAAAUUCUUGUAAUAGAAAAUUUUAUUUGCUAUUUAGUAUUUGUUACUGAAUUGUGAGAAUUCAGUUGUGAUUUUUAACAUGUCUUCGAUAUAUACUAAUUUGUAUAAUAUAUACUAUACAUUUUAUUGGUUUAUGUGAAAAAGAUGAGCAUAGAAUGAUUACUACUUUUAUUUUAAAUAGUUUGGAAAUCCUGGUAAUUUGAUUAGAUGUUGUUCCUAUAAAGUUGUAUGAUGGGUGCUAUAGCUGUUAUGUACACAAAAAUGUAAUUUUGUUUUCCUUUUUAGGAGAGGAUUCUUUUAAUCCUAAAUCUUUUAUCUUUAAAUCUUUGUAGGUGUCAUUACCUGUGGUGCCAAAGGAAGCACUGUUUUUAUCUACGAUACUUACUUAACAUAUUACCUUUAUAGCUACAUGGCAGUUCCCCUAAAUUCUUGAAAAUACAUUUUUAUUUGAU